AUGGACGUUUCACACAAACCAUUUAGACUUCCUAUUCGGAAUACCUGUGUAUCUUUAUAUCAUGGAGAGAUCAUAUACCUCGACACAGACCAUUCUCAACAGCCCAUGGCAGAAGCCUUGGAAAACUCCAUACAAAAUGGAGCUUACUGUGACAAAAGAAUCUUUUACCAAGUAUCUGAGUGGCCCGACAGCAGAGGCUCAACUCAAACACGUGGCGAAGUCGAAAUUAUCCGCCGCCUGGCGCCACAAAUUGCAGCCGACUUGAAAGAUUGGCACGAACCUUUAUUGGUAGAAUACGGACCCGGCGAUGGUCUCAAGACCGAGAUUUUACUUGAUGCAAUCGAGUCGAGAUGCAUAAAAUGCACAUACGUCGGUGUCGACAUCAACCAGAGAUGCCUCGAUAGAUGCCUGGCGGCCUGGAAAGAAAAAUACACGUUUAUCAAGUGCACAGGCAUAUGUGGCAGUUUCGAAGAUGCUACAUCCCUGGUUGAAAAGUGGCCUGGUAACAAAUUUGUGUUUUCCCUAGCUUCAACUCCAAACUCUAAACCGGUCGAAUAUAUCUUAUUCUUACAGCGGCUGGCUAAGCUCGCGAGAAAAAUCAUUAUUAGUCAGCAGAGGCCGGACGGACAGCAGGGUCUUCAUAACAGCUACCAUACAGAGGAUUUCGAAAAGUUUGUCUGGCGAGGGCUUCAGCAUGGAAACAGAUUACUGAAGCGGCCUGAAUUUAACGAGCAAGAUUGGGAGAUUAAAUGUGACCAUUCAAAGACGAACAUAUACUGGUGUCACGAGUUCAAGAUUACCCCUCUUCGCUCGACCGAUCAAAAAAGCUCUUUUCAAGCUUUCGCUUCAAUCAAAUAUACGGACGCGGGAUUCGUCAUGAUCGCUAAAAAUGCGGGCUUGGAGGUUACCAGAACCGACAAGAACGAUGACACCGGAAUGGGUAAGCAAUUGGAACAAAGUGCUUUGGCAACAUUACUAAAGCUUUCACAGCAAUAUAUCAACUGGUAA